UUUAGCUCACUGUACACACACUGAACCGCUCCUUCGUGCACGCCACAGUGCAGCUAAAGAUAAAGUUCUGGGCGAAACAUAAAUACCAAUUAUGUCUUCCCGCCGUAUAGUUCUCAUCCCAGAGAGCGAACGCACACCGCUACAACGAGAGGUCUCGAAGCUCCAUCAGAAAAUUUCACGUUACAGCACGGCAGGAACUUCCUUAUCAACCGUCACGUGUUUCCACGGGUGAUACGUCGGCACUUAACGGCUUUAUAGCCUAGCUUGCUCCUUCGCCGCGAACAAAGUCCGCCUCGUUCAGUAUUGUGCACGGUAGCUUUACGAAGACACGCCCGAGCACAGCGAUGGCAACGCCUUCCACAUGAUCGCCUUUACGGCACGGUGGCAAGCUCGGAUCAACUUCAACCGCUGCACCAUGGGAUGAGACAUCGCUGACAGAUAUUGGACCUCGACAUGGGUGUCCUCGUCGCCAUCGUGACCAUUGUCGGCGCUCACUGCGUCGCCCUUUCUUCAACUGAGUCGAACAACCUUCAGAAGACAGUUCUACAAGAGGUCACCAAGAUGAUUGGAGGCUCAGUUGCUUACGAGUGCGACACCAGUGAAAUUAAUACAGGGUCGAUGUGUUCUUGUGACCCAUUUUGCAAUCGAUACGGCGACUGUUGCAUCGGCAUUGCUCAGGAAGUAUCACGCGAAGAGUACAGGUGCGCCCAGUUGGAACGUCACGGGCGUUACGUUUGGAUGCGAGCCUCGUGCCCAGGGCGAGAGAGACGGUCACGGGAGAAGUUCAUGUGCGAAGGUACAUUUACGAGCAAGUCUCACAGUUUGUCGUUCCUUGUCCAUAUUCCAGCUUUCCACAAGCCAUCGCAAACCUUAUACCGCAACGUCUACUGUGUGUUGUGCAACAAAGGACGGCUGGAAGAUAUUUAUGACUGGCACAUCCGGCUGCAGUCUGUAGGACAGGCACCGCCCGGAAAUCGAACUGCGGGUCAAUUGCCCGGAGUCCCAAUUUAUGAUGUUGAACGCCGUAUUUACGGCAUAGAGGAAGAGGGGACUGUGUACAAUUUUACGCUUCGGGCUGCCGAGUUCAGGUGGGAUAACUUUUCGCAAGAGUUUAACACGACGAGGUGCUCUCCUGUUGUGCACACGUGUCCGCAAGGAAGUGAUCCUCUGCUCGUUCGCAAAUGUGAACUGUAUGCCGCUUAUUAUACGCCUCACAUACGCCUAAAUGCGUCUUACAAGAACUAUCACUGUGCGCUGUGCAAUGGGGUUCCUCUCGAUACGGUUGAAGGAGAUUACAAGCUCGGAACUGAUCUGAAGCUUCUGCGUCCACAGAUAGGAACGGUAUUGCCAGUGUACAGCACCGGAACUUCUCGCCUCUACAGCAACUACUUCUGCGCCGCAUGCCACAACGACACCAACGACCUUCUGGUAUGGGCAGCGCAAUACACGUGCUCCUCUUCCAACGUCACCCUACAGGACGCUCGCGACGUCAUUUACAAUGUUACCCACAACAUAUACGUCGUACGAGAUAACGGCGACGAAGUCUCUUGCUUGCUUCGCAUCCUUCCAACGUCUCUACCCCAAGGCUUGCGACAAUGCCUCCGUGUCCAUUCUGCAUGCGCUCCUGACUGGCCCGCCAACGAUGACGCCCAGCGUCUUUGUCGCAUUUACUCAUUUCCGGUCGUCGACGCUUCUACUGAAGUGAUAUUCAAAAAUGCCCACUGCGCCCACUGCAACCACGUCGCUCUUGAGAGUCUGCACUGUGACCUUCCCACGGAUACCGUGGCUCCACCUCCAGAGCCUAGACACUGGGCAGAAAUCACCCUGAACUUCAAUGUGCGCCAGCAAUUGAACGAGUGCGACGUCUACGACCCAAUCUUCCAGCGGUGCAUGACGGUCGAACCGGGUGUCCACAAGAGUUGGUCCGUUCCGCGUAACGCUUGUCACGCAGACGAGAUGAUAUUGGACCCGAAGGACGUGAAAUUCGUCGGCAACACGUCGAUUAUUGUAGACGGCGACGUCGUUCACGAUUUUCGCGAAGUCAAAAUCGGAAACGAGUGGAAAAUAUGGGCAUGCGUCCCUGAAAGACCGGGCGAACUUGACUUCAGCGCUUCCCCAUCGGACACCGCAUCAAUUCUGUCGUACGUGUCGCUCAUAUGCCUGAUCUUGCACUUGCUGUCCUACUCUAUUUUGAGUCACCUCAGAACGCGUCAGGGCAAAGCCCUUCUCCUCGUCUCCGUUGGGCUGAUAUUUGAACAGAUAGCGAUGAUCGCUGGCAAAGCUGAAACGCCGGACACUGUCCCCUGCGCUGCCGCCGCGGUUUGUUCUCACUACUUCAUUCUCGUCUCGGCGUCCGCGUCCGACGUCCUGGCUUUCGACGUGUACCACGCAUUCAGCAAUUCUCAACUCCACGCCAGAGCCACCUGGCUUCUCGCGCGAUAUGCCGCCUACGCGUACCUCUGCCCGUUAGUACCGGUGCUCGUCGGCAUAGUCUUGCACACGCAGCUUUGGUACAAGGAUCUGUCACCGGAAUACGGCGAGAACCACCCUUGUUGGUUGAGCGAACGGGGCGGAGUUUUAGCGUUCCUGAUCAUCCCGUGGGCAGUGGCAGUUGGUCUGGCAACGUUGAUCCUCGUCGAAACGGUUCGCCGCGUGGGCAGUGCUUCGAGUGUGGAGAAGAAGACUCAGAAGUGGAGUGACCGCGCCCGGUUGCGUCGGUACAUAGGGUUCGUAAUAGUUUCGGGAGUCGCGUGCACGUUAGGCCUACUCGCGGUGUCCGGCCCGUUUCCCAAGCUGUGGCAGCCGUUCGCGGUGUCUCUUGCGCUUCGUGGGAUCUACGUCUUCGGAGCGUUUACCUGCUCAGACCGGCGCUUUUUGAGUGCGGUGCGGGAAAAGCUACGGCAACGCCGCAGUGACGUAUUGCGUGAUGAUGAUGCGAAUGUGAAUACCACAUCCCAUAGUUCGUCAAUCAAAAGUUGAGCGUGCGUUAGGGGCUGUGUUUGAGAAUCGAGCUGGUGCGGUGUUACAUGAUUUUUCUUUCAGUGCAAGAGCUGGCUCUAGAUGAACGAUGCAGACGAAUCUCUCACAAUUUGUUUCUGCUUUGUGAAUGAACGAAGGAACAUAAGGAAGAAAGGACAUACGAAGCUUUGUAAUUGCUGAUAUUGCAACAUUCUAUUGAAAUACAGUUGCUGAACGUCCAUGAAAGCAUAUGCACCCGA